AUGUCGGACACGAAGCAUCCCGAAUACCACACCGCUGCGUCUUCCGAUGAGAAGGAUGGGGAACUGAAGCGCCGCGAGGUCUCGCGUGAUUCCACAACGAGGUCACCCGCAUCCAAAAGACCUUGCAUCCCAUUGAAUACACUUGGGGAUGAGAUCCAGGAUGGUAGUGCUGAUUUCAUUACUAGUGGUGACAGCGACGAUAAACACGCAAUCACGAAGCUUAUAUCGACUUCGCGUCCACCUGCACCCGUUCUGAUUCAGAAUGAGAGUAUGUGGAGAAAAUUUGUGUAUGAUCGUCUCGAUAUGCAGCAUUCCCGCGUUAGGGACCUAUGGGUCUCUUUGAGGUGCAAUAUUUCCUACCUCGUUAAAGAAUGGAUGCCUGAACGCUACUUGUGGGAAGACCUUUCCGAGGAGAGCCAGAAGGAAAUUGGUUCCUGGGCUUGCAAUGCGAAAGUGCACAUCGAGCACGACGAAAAAGAACAUCUCAAUGCUUUAUUCGAGGGAUGGAUCUUUCACCUCCUGUAUGAGAAUCUAUUCUCGCGUGACUGCCACGACAAGUGGUCAUCACCCGACUGGACAAUGUUCGGGCAGCUGCAGCGCAUAUACAGCAAUCACGCAGAGAACUCUGACGAUGCUGAUUCGCCAUUCAACAUUCGCUUUCACAACUGGCGCCGCAUUUCGUCAGGCAUGCUCUUCGACAUGCAUAAGGAUGCAUGGCAUACCGAACCAGGUCGGCUCUACAACAUUCUGGCAAAGCAUCUCGAACCUCUCUUUUUAUCCGAGUCCCGUGUCAGAGCUCCCGACAAGACCUCACAUGAGUAUCUAGAGUGGAUGGUUUACGAAGCCAUCAAGUUGGACGCUCUCAUGAUCAAUUCACCAAUCAGCCUAACAAUGAAAAUGAGAGACCCCGCGACAGGUAAAGUGAACGGUUUUCCCUUGGCUGGUCGUAAACCAAUGCUAGCUCCAUUCGCCGAUCUCACUUAUUCACACGUUGUGGACUUUAUCUACGAACCAUGGUUCACCAUUCAUGGAUAUCAAGGCUCUCGCCCAACGAAGCGCAACUGGAAAGACUUGGCAGCAUACCGAAGCAGUGCAACGAUAUCUCAAGGGGUUGGAGCCGGCUACGCAAAGAUACAUCAUGAAUGGAAGUUCCUUGUCGCCACAAGUCAGAUCACUGGGCCAGCCGCUGGAGAAGACCACGACCUUCCACAACCUACGGAGAACCCAGAAGAAGCUUAG